GUUGCACAUAUGCUAGAAUCUAGAAUGGAUGCAGCAGCAACGUAAUCUAUCAGAAUCAGACAAGCAGAAUUAAUUGGUUCAAAAUUUUGUGUAAAUUUGACAAGGAAAGGAGGUUGAAAAAUAGGGUGAAUGGUGUGAUGAAGAACCAGAGACGUAGCUUCGGGGCCGUCCAUAAAGUAUGUCACACUAUUUUUUGGGGGAAAAAAUAAUUACCUUUACACCCCCCCCCCCCGGUCACACUCUGUUACAAAUCUCAGACUAGGGUGAAAGGUGUGAUGAAGAACCAGAGACGUAGCUUCGGGGACGUCCAUAAAGUAUGUCCCACUAUUUUUUGGGGGAAAAAAUAAUUACCUUUACCCACCCCCCCCCCGGUCACACUCUGUUACAAAUCUCAGACCACACCCUGAACAUCAUUUCAAGUUCGUUUUUUUUUAGGUGAGGGAGGCAAAAAUCAAAACUUGGUCGGCUUAAUGAGUUGUUUAUUACUGGAGGUGCCACACUGCAUAGUUAUGUUAUAUAGUUAUUUAAAUAAAACCUGCAACUUCCCCCCUGCCCUACCCAAAUGACGUAAAAAGGUGGGGGGGGGGCAGAUUGAACAUGUCUGAUAAGCGUAAUUUCAUACAACUGUAAAUGACAAACAUUUUAUUAAUUCAAUUAUAUAACCUUUUGUUACGAGAUGUUCUCACUUUUUUUUUCUGGGCCACCCUGUAGAUAGUUUUAAAGGUAAUGAAAUAAUUCAUUUAAGCUCUUUCAAGAAAAAAAAAAAUUAGGGCAAAAACAAUAUAUCAAAACCCAAUCAAUCUAGGCCCACUUUCAUGAAAAUUAAUCUUUAAACGAAUAGAGCCAUCAUUUAAAAAAAAAAAAUCAUUUGAACUAACCCGGGCGGGAUGCACAGCCAACGAUAAAUAACUUUUGCCCAAGUCUAAGUAAAUAGUGGAACAAGAUAAUUAUGUUUAGGCUUGAAAAGAAAAGACAAUUAAAUUGUCAAGAAUACUUUACCGCAAAGCAAAUUUUUGGACCUUAAUAAUUAUGGACUUGAGCGGCAUAAAUACGUCUUUCCGUUAGCUUUGACCCUGGAAAGACAAACAAACUGAAUAGUCUGAGUAGAUAUAGAGAAAUAAGCCUGCUGAUGUUUUAGGAUUUGAUCUAAUACAGGAAAAUGCCCCACAAUAAACUAUGGGAUCCUUGGAAAAUGUUUGACGUUAAACCAGAGGAAUUGAGAGCUAUUAAAGAGAGAGCGAAAAUGAGACAGGCUCUAAAAGCGGAAUGGAAUAAAAAGUUAACAAACCCGUGGAAAGGAACACACAGCGGAGGAUACUUGGUAAGUUGGAUUUUUACCAAUUUUACUAAAUUUUAGUCUACUUACCUACUUACUAUUAGCAUUUAAAAAAUUCUUUGUUCUUACUACAUCGUGUAGCUGUUUAAAUUUUUUUAAGGCUGCGACUAUUAGUAAUAAACUACCAUUUAGUUUAAAAUUAAUAUAAUUAAAGGGACUGGGGUCCGAAUUGAAUAGUGAAUAGUGGCUAUGCCAUGGUCCAUUUUGACUAAAAGCUAUUCGGAUGUUAUUUGUGGUAGUUUAUUUUAGUUAAACCGAAGAAUUAAGUUAACAAACAUAUAGUCCAUUCAAUUAUCUUUCAUUUGAUACCAAAAGUUUAUCAUACAAACCCAAUAAUAAUAUUUUAAACAUUUUUUAAUCAGCAACCUUUCACUUCUGGUAGCGGGGUCUGAAUAGCCACUUCGAUCUAUUAAUCAAUUUGUAGCAAACUACCAAUUGCCAAUGGCUUCUAGAAAGGUAUUGGCAUUGGUACUUGACUACCAGUAGCUUCUAGGCGACUAUUGGUAGUUUACUAUAAAAAAACUACCAAUUGUUGAUAGUAUUGUGAUGAUGUAGUGCAGUAUUGACUAAUUCUAAUCAUUGGUAGUCAGUAUUUUUUAAUUUUUUUUAAUUACAUCACUGAAAUCACUCUUAUGUUGCCGAAAAAAGUGUAUGAGUAUGCAAACAUUUAUUUUUUGUGUCUUGUCUCAUAAAUUCACUCCAAUCGGAUUUUCAAGACAUAAUACACUUACUUCUUCUUUAUUUGUAAGCCUAUUUUAUGUAUUGCGGCUUAUGUUUUCAUCAGAUUCUGUGCAGUUUAAAACAUUAAUUCUGCAUAGCAUUAAAAAAAUAAAUACUGAUUCCAAUUAGUAGGGGUGUGCCGGAGUCCGGUCCGGAAUCCGGUUCCGCCGGAUUUUGCACUAUCCGGUGAAAUCCGGUUCCGCCGGAUUUACAUGUAACCGGAACAACCGGAUUCCGGAAUCCGGAAUAUACCGGAUUUCGGAAUUUGCCAGAUUUUGUGACUUACCGGAUCAUAAUCUGAAAUAAAAGUAAUUCUCUUUCCCGAAUUUCACACGAUCACGAUACAUUAAUCGAUUGUUUCGAGCGUUGAGCUUGUUUAAUGUUUAAUAUUCCGUACAUACCAGAGGCUAGAGUCAGCACCGCUAAUAGUGGCCAAUAGUGUAGGGACUUUGAUAAGAAAAUUUAAACUUUUUGUAAAAAUAAACCAAUGGCAUAGUUGAAAAGAUGUAAUUUUUUAAAGAAUUAUAACACCAAAAUCAUAUUUUUAGCUGUUGUAGUUUUAAAGUUAUGAAUUUUUAAAGUACGACUUGGUUUGUCAUUUUUUAACAUGGACUGCAUCUCCACAUUCUGUGAUCUCAUUCCACCAAUCCCGUCAUGCGCAAUGACUAUAUAGUUUAUAUAAGGCAACGCAUUCCCUGCCUUAUCACUAAAAUACUGUUUAGACUUAGUUUAAACUUUCAACUUUGGCACAUGAAUAAUUAAUUAAAGCUUUCCCUGACCAAUGGUUUAAUAGUUUUUGCACACGGCAAACUCUUAUGAAUGAAACUCUGAGGUAGUACUACGAUACAGUUAUGCAAGUGGCUGUGAAUGGUUGCCAAUGACAACGUGUUGCACACGGUAAAUUCUGAUCAUUUAUAAUAUGGAUUCUACCGGGUUGUUAAAGCUCAAAUUAAAACAUUCCAGUUUAAAUGUCUUUAAAUGCAUUCUGAAACACAAGUUAUCAAUUAUUUUGAUGUAAAUAGUGAUAAUAAAUUAAUAUUUCCUAAGUAUCGUCAACUUCCGCCAUUAAAAAGGGGGGCGUGGCCAACCCCAUGGCGAAAUUAGGUUGAGCGAGCUGCAUGACCUGCUGCGAACGCGUAGAAACAUGGCGUCUCUCGUAAGACACUUAUCCAAAUGGAACGGAACUCAAAUAUAUAUCGAAAGUACUAAUUUAAUAAUAAAUAGACACACACAUCGGAAAAUUAAAAACUCGGAUUUUUUGGCGCCGAUUGCGAAUUCCCAUACACAAAAAGUAGUAGUCCACCUUGACUUACCGAAGUAUCUACCAAUAGUACCAAAAUCCGGAAUCCGGGAGAAACCGAAAUCCGGAUUAUUCCGGAAUCCGAAUCCGAAUCUGGAUCCGGCGGAUUUCGCAUAAGAAAAUCCGGAUCCGGUUGGAAAAAACGGAUCCGGCACACCCCUACCAAUUAGUUAAAUUAAUUUGUGUUAUAGAUGCACAAUAUACCCAAUGAAAUUGUUUAAUUGUAAUUGUAACAUUAAAAUACCGGUAUUGAUGCAUUUAAAAGUUAAUGAGAACUCAAUUUUGUAAAUAAUAACAGUAGACCUAUCUCCCAACAGAAAAUUUAUAAUGGUGUAGGGUGUGUGUCACGUGACCAUGUUCCUAAACAAAGAUUGGCCUGAGCUUAUGUUAUGCCUAAUCACAUUAUUAUACAGUUUCAUUAAACUAAAGUAAAAAGAUUUAUUUUGAAUGCUGAAAAACUAUUGUUAUGGUAAUUACAGACAUAUUUGGGCCUAUUUUUUAAUUUAUUAUAAUUUUAAUCAUAAUAAUUAUAAAUUAGCAUGCACAAAAUUUUUCACAACUGGAUUUUACUUUACAGCACAUAUUACUUUGGCCUUGGCAAUAAAGAGAAGCUGGGUAACAUUUUUUCAGACUAUGAUACCCAUGUCCCCAGUAUCAUACUUCUAUCUAUAUUAAUUCUAUAUUAUAAAUUAUAUUUAUAUAGCAAUAAAACCAAAUCUGAGCAUGAGGAAGGCUGCAGGAGACAGUGUUAAAACAGUAAUGUAGAUUUUAUAAGUUGUGCCGAGGUAUUUUCACUAGUACGAAAUAGUAAUAAAUGAACAGAGCAAUACUUCCCCAGCGUCAUUGAAAGUGAGUUUUAAAAGGUUCAGAUUUUGGUUUGAUUUAUUGGCUGCACUACCAAUAGCGCUCUAGAAGCUCUAGGUAGUUUACUACAAAUAGCUCCCUAGAAGGCUUGAUGCUAUUGGUAAUAAACUACCAAUAGAUACUUUCUUUUUUUUAAUGUUGGCUAACUUAACUGCUAACACUUUUCAUAAGUACUUUUUUUUUGGUUAAAAAAAAAAUGAAAAAUUAUAAAAAAAUAGUAUGGUAAAAUAGAUCAAACUUUAAAUUUAUAAAAUGAAACCAAAAUCAACUUUCUAUCUUUAGUAGUUUCUGAGCUAAGAAUUUUCAAAGUACUACUUCAUUUGUCCUUUUUAAACAUGGAUUGCAUCUCCACAUUCUGUGACCCAAUUUUCUACCAUAUCCUCCAGACCCACCCUUCUCAUUGCUCCACUAUGUCAUAAUCCCUUUGCUCCACUGUCUUUUCAUGUCCACCUUCUCCGCCUGAACUUGUACCCAAUUUGCCAACGCCUCUACUCUCCUCCACCAUCUCCCAUUUGUUUGGGUACGGUAACCGUCUAAUAUACGUUUUAUUAUUUUAAAAUUUCAUCAGUUUGUUUUCUUUCUUUCAGUUUGACCCAGCUGUUCAAAGGUUUAUGGCAAUGAAAGCUACCCAAGCUGAACGUUUUAAAGGAACACUGAAAUCGGCAGCAAUUGCAUUUUCCAUGUUGGUUUUGCCGGUUUGGUUUCUUACACAUCAAGCUAUUAAAAAAAGGGUGAGUCAUAUUACAAAAAAUAAAAAUAACUACAUUGUAAUAUAUUACAAAAUUACAUUUAAAAGAGUUUAAAUUAAAUCUAAAAAGUGUCUAGUUAGAUUUUAUGUAUGGUUUUGACUUGUCUGAAAAUGCACACUUUCUCUGCUCCCUUUUGUUGAUACUCUUAAUUUGCUUUUCCCAUACAUACACACACAAAAAAUAAACUAUUGUUCAUUAAUUUCGGAUUACGGAUUAUGUAUUAUGGUGAACACACCUGGUAAAUAAUGUUCUAAACUUCUAAAGAGUAGACCAUCGCAACAUACACAAAAAAAGUUGUGUUUUUUUUUUGAGGGGGGGGGGUUUAUUUGUAAUAAUAUCUGUCCUUUAGAUGGUUAAAUUUCUGGUUUCUGGUGUAAAUAUAAUUAUAAGUUGUUUGUAAACCAAACACAAGUAAAUGAAUAAUUAGUAAAUAAUAUUAGUCGUAUAACUAAUAUCUAAUUAAUGUUGUAUAUAAAAGGGUUGGACUGCUAUAAAGCUGUUAAGUAGAUAAAUGAGACGCAAACACUUUUUGUAAUGAAACCAGACAUGUUAAGCUUUAAUUAUAUUGUUAUAAAUAAUACUCAGGAUGAUGCAGGUUCUAUCAGUGGCUACUUUAAUUCAAACAUUCACAUUACCCAAAAGAGGAAUAAAUAUCUGUUUGUAUAAUUUCACAGAAAAAAAUAUACACUCUUUGAAUCCUGUAAAUUUCUCACACUUAAAUCAUUUAAUUCCUCUUAAAUAUAUUAAUUUUCAUGGCUGCCUCCCAUCAAAAAACUUUUGAUCUCACAGAUAACCAAAUAAAAAAUAUCAUUGGCCAGCCUUUAUUUUUCUCUAAACACUGUAUUACUAUGCACUGGGAAUAUAGAAUAUUAUCUGUAUUCAAUGGUUUCCUAUCUGUGGUUCUUACAUUCAUAAUAACAUUUGUGACACCCUCCCCAUAUGCAUCUUAGCUGAUGCCUGAAUUGAAAGACAGGGCAAUAAGAUAAAAACAUGUUGGCUAAGAGCCUUCCUCAGCAGACAGGACAAAUGAAAAUAUGACAAGAAAUAGAAACAAGUUAAAAACUUAUGUGAUCACCAUUGUUAUUCAAACUGCUUGACCACAGUCCUUCAUUUAUUAAAUGAUGCCACAGGUGCUUAAAAAAUAAAAACAAAAUCAGCUACGUCAUUACCUAUAUGUAAUUUAAGAUCACUGUAGUUAUUAUUUAAAGUUGAACAACGUAAUCCUAAUAAAAGCUUAACAUAUAUUGUUUUAUUUUUAUUAUAAAUUAUUAAGUAUUUGUGUCUCAUUAACGUUCAAUGAAAUGAUAGCUUAUUGUUGGCUUACCAUUUAAUUGACCAAUCUGACUUUUAAUUAAAAUCGGUUGACCUAGUUUUAUUGCUCUGUCUAGUGUACUGCAUAGAAAUAUCGUACAGUACAAUUAUUUUGGACUAGUAGUAUCCAUCUGAUUUAAGAAAUGUAAUUUAGAGCUAAGUUCUAAUUUAUUUUUAAAGAGUUAAUAGGCCAACUGAAUUGAUAUUGUAAAAAUACGGUGUUGUUAUUGCACAAAUACGCUGUUGUUAUUGUACGAAUACACUGCAUUGGUUUUAUUUGAAAAUAAAUAAUAGCCUUAAACUAAUAUGUACAAUUACUUUCACCAGGAUUACGAUGAAAAGCGGUACAGAAAUGGAGAAGUGAUGUACAAAGAUCGAGAAAAAUUUUUCUAAUAGUUUGCAUAGUGAGAACGAUCAGUUGUGAUGAGAUAUUAUGAAUGUAAUGUUCCCCUACAGAUGCCUUGUGUGAUUGUUUUUAUUAUUUGUUAUAGACAAAAACCUGUCGCCACUGUUAGCUUUAUGUUUAGUAAUUAUUAGUAUGCUUACAAUUGAUCCACUUAAAACAAUGCAGAUUGUGGUGAACAUUGGCAGCUGCUCUAGAAAAAGCAGUUUGAUAUCAGAAACAUAUUUAUAAUGUGAAGAUAGAUUUGAUUGUAUUCUAGUGGAGAUUCGAUAAAAUGUAAUAAAAAUUAAUUAUUCCAUUCUAAAGCUCGAGACUUCUCUUUUGGGUCUUCAUGAGCUGUUUGUGUCUAUGUGAGCUGUGUGCGUGUGUCUACAUGAGCUGUGUG